AUGCGAGUAGGUAGCUAAUAAUUUUUUCGCUAAGUCAGAUAGUUUAUUAUGUACGUGUUGAUUAAAUUAUAAAUUUUCACCCCACCCAGGUGGCUAAUUCUGUGCAUUAUAUAAACUAUUUUAGAGAUCUGUGGUGUCAGUAUUUUUUUUAACGUUAGCUUAGCAGGCUGGUGGUGAGACCCAGAUAGAUAUCUAGUUUAUUAAUAAUUACUACAGAUGCACGCGCACUGAGGCAGCGCUUCCUGGUCAGGAUGCCUGACCGCGUGACGUAACUGUCUCUUUUUGCAAAGUCAUCAUGCACAGCACGGGACACACACAACAUGCUCCAGACACACACAUUCUGUGUAGGCCUGCUCAGAACAUCAGCUCUUGCCAAGGUUCUCAGGAACUAUCAGCAUGACAUGAUGAUCUAGCUAGCCCACCCACAUCCGUAGUCAGAUGUACUGCACAGCAUCAGGACUGUUGUAGUAGUAGUAAUAUUAGUAGGUGUGUGGCACACUGUGUCAGGCUCAGCACAGCAGCAGUGCUGGGUUAUUGAGCUCUUUAUCUAUGUCUAGCAGUCCUCUUCUCCCUAGCCAUGUGCCACCCAACGCCCUCCCUAGACUAGUACAUCCUGUAUUAUAUCAGUAGCUAGCAUCAGACUGGCUCCGGGAUUCUGCUGACUAGUCCUUUAAACAAUAUGGUGUUGGUCAGGCUAGCUGGGGUGUGCAUGCAUGAGUGGUUAUGUAGUUCUUUACAACAAUGGUGUUACUAAUGCUAGCUGAGGUGAAUAGUUGGCUGCAUUGUUACUGGUGGAUUUAGUGUACAUUAGCUGUAUGGAUUUAGUUUGUGAGUUAGUUAGUUAAACCUUAUGUUAGUUAGUGUGGGGUAUUGGGGUAAGUUAACUAUCUGUGUGGUAUCCGGUCCCACCCAGCCCCUAUAGCAGUGGAGGCUGCUGAGGGGAGGACGGCUCAUAAUAAUGUCUGGAAUGGAGUCAAUGGAAUGGUAUCAAACACAUCAAACAUGGUUUCCAUGUUGUUGGUGCCAUUCCAUUGACUCCAUUCCAGCCAUUAUUAUGAGCUGUCCUCCCCUCAGCAGCCUCCACUGCCCUAUAGCCACUACGUCUGUCUGUCUGUCUCUGUCUGGUGUUUAGCCCCUGUGUUUCUAUCUAACAAAGGUCAUGUUCAUUAGAGUGCCACUGAAUGUUUUAUUUUAGUGAAUUUUCUUGUCAUUGAAAAAAAUGUGAGCGAGGCAUGUCUGUUGUACGAAACAGGCUUAUAGUCUUUCUUAUUUCUGUUAGAAUGUUCUGCAACAUUGUGCCGUACUGAUUGCACACAGCCCAAUACAACUGUCUACACCUGUAUCCUGGCUGUUAACGAGGGAUAUUUUCUGGCGCUCUACUCACUUAGGUCUCUCUCUCUCCUGUGUGUGUGAGUAGAGCCUAGCCCAGCUAGAGAUCCUGUGUAAGCAGCUGUACGAGACAACAGAGACGGGGGUGAGGCUGCAGGCAGAGAAAGCUCUGGUGGAGUUCACUAACAGCCCAGACUGUCUCAUCAAGUGUCAGCUACUACUGGAGAGAGGCAGCGUGAGUAGUACACACACUGACAUGGUAUCAAUAAGCUGUUGAUAUUUACCAUAUUACCUGAUAAAAAGGGUGGCAGGUAGCCUAGCAGUUAAGAGCGUUGGGCCAUUAAGCAAAAGGUCGCUGGUUCGAAUCCCUGAGCCGACUAGGUGAAAAAUAUUUUGAUGUGCCCUAGAGCAAGGCACUUAACAUAACUGCUCCUGUAAGUAGCUCUGGAUAAGAGCGUCUGCUAAAUGACUCAAAUAUAAAAAUGACUGACAAUAUUUACUAUAUUACUUGCUAUUUUAGCUCAGCUGAUGUUGUCGCCAUCUCUGUCCAUGCUUCUAUUCCCAUCUUCCCCUCUCUUCUCCCCAAUUUUAUUUUUUUAACUCCCUCUCUCUUUCUCUCUCUCUAGUCUUCCUACUCUCAACUCCUUGCAGCUACCUGUCUGUCUAAACUGGUUUCACGCACCAGCAACCCUCUUCCCUUGGAGCAGCGCAUCGACAUCCGUAAGACUCACUCACACACAUCCCACCAGUGUAUAUUCAUGCUCUACAAGUCAGUCCAUAAGGCUCAUAUGUGUGUGUGUGUGUGUGUGCAUGCAGGGAACUAUGUACUGAACUAUCUGGCGACGCGGCCGAAGUUGGCAGAGUUUGUUACCCAGGCUCUGAUCCAGCUGUACUCCAGGUAAACCUCUCUCCGCUCCUCUAUCUUCCUCUCUUAUCUUCAUCCCUCUCUCCUCCAUGUGAGUGAUUCUCUCCCUUGUUUUUGUCUUCUCCAGGAUCAUCAAGCUAUAUGUGUUUUUGUGUGUGUGUUUCAGGAUUACCAAGCUUGGCUGGUUCGACUGUCAGAAAGACGACUAUGUCUUCAGAAACGUCAUCGCAGACGUCACACGCUUCCUACAGGUACAAACGUGUUUGUGUGUAGCCAAUAUAAUGCGUUUCCUUGAAGUAGGUAGUGGACUGAUCAAAUCUGCCUGUCUGUCUGUCUGUCAGCAGGACAGUGUAGAACAUUGCAUCAUAGGAGUCACCAUCCUAUCCCAACUAACCAACGAGAUCAACCAGGUACACUACCUCUCCUCCCUCUUUCCUCUACUCCACAUCUCUCUCCUCUCCUCUUAUUUCCCCUUCUCCCCUCUAAUCUGAAGUGGUGGUGUUGCUGUUAUGUGUUUUUGAAAGUGUUGUAGUUGUGUGUUAAAUCUGUGUUUGUUGUUGUGUGUGCAGGCAGACACCAGCCAUCCUCUGACCAAACACAGGAAGAUUGCGUCAUCGUUCAGAGACUCAUCCCUCUUCGACAUAUUCACCCUAUCCUGCAAUCUCCUCAAACAGGUGUGUGUGAGAUGGUAGUAGUAGUAUGGCCGUGUGUGUGUAUGUGAGAGAGAUUGUAUUAAUGUGUUGACAUACCUAUUGACAUCCAUUUCCAGUCAUUCUUGUGAACUUAGUGUGUGUGUGUGUCUAGGCGUCGGGUAAGAACCUCAACCUGAAUGAUGAGAGUCAGCAUGGUCUGCUGAUGCAGCUACUGAAGCUCAGUCACAACUGUCUGAACUAUGACUUCAUUGGAACGUCCACAGACGAGUCCUCUGAUGACCUCUGCACUGUUCAGAUCCCCACUUCCUGGAGAUCAGGUAACACAUUCUGUAAAUUCUGUAAAAUAGCAGUACUGCACCACCUAUUACUAGUGCUGGGGGUAAUGCGUUACGUAAUCAGAUUACUUUUAUGAGUAAUGGAGUAAAGUAACGUGUUACUUUUUCAAAUUGGGUAAUAUUAUUACAAUUACAAUGUCAAACAACGAGUGCGUUACUUUCAGAAUCAUAUCUCUACCGGCUGCGUGUUUCCAUGAUCCGAUCUCGACUUGUUUCCUCAUUUAAUUCUCGAGCGAAUGGAGAAAGGCUGAAGAAAUGUAGAAAAGUAUUGAGGGCGCACCUCUGAUCUUUGCCAUUUAUUGUUUCUUUGAUGGCAAAGCCCAUAGAAGGCUUUCCCGUCUAGUGGCAAGUGUGCCCUCUAUACAUCUCUAUGGGUCCGUGUACGUGCGGUCUAUAACCAGAACUGGUGGCUCAAGAGAAAGAUUUUGAAUGAAAAGAUAGGAAAUCUGUACAGCUGUUUGGAUUACAUAUGGCUAAUUAAGCAGCCCAUAUGAUAGCGCAGCACAUGUAGACUAGCACAGGGAAGCGUCGCUACAGAUGAAAGGAGAAACUAGUGAUCAAACCUGAGGUAAUAAGUAGCGUAUCUAUGAUAGAGUGCGCCCGGUUCACCUUGCUCCCUCCGACUGUCAAACAAACGGUGAGAUUUUGAGAUUUGUUCAUGAAAGUAACGCAAAGUAAUAUAACAUUACUUUCCAAACAAAGUAAUAUUGUAAAGUAACGAGUAAUAUGUAUUACUUUUUCAAGUAACUAAUCCCAACACUGCCUAUUACUGUGUAGUAACCUAAUCUGUCUCUCUCUUUCUCUCUCAGCAUUUUUGGAUUCCUCCACUCUCCAGCUCUUUUUUGAUUUGUAUCAUUCCAUCCCUCCCUCUCUCUCCCCGUUGGUGAGUAAAGCGGAGUGUGUGAGUGUGUGUGUGUGUGUGUGUGGCUUGUAUGUUCACUUCAGUACAGGAUGAGUGUAGUGUUCAAUGCUCUGUGUGUGCAGGUGUUGUCGUGUCUAGUCCAGAUAGCGUCAGUGAGGAGGUCUCUGUUCAACAACGCAGAGCGAGCCAAGUUCCUCUCUCACCUGGUGGACGGAGUCAAGAGGAUACUAGAAAACCCACAGGUAAUAAAUCAAAUCAAACUUUAUUUGUCACAUGCGCCGAAUACAACCUUACCGUGAAAUGCUUACUUACGAGCACUUAACCAACAAUGCAGUUCAAGAAAGAGUUAAGAAAAUAUUUACCAAAUAAACAAAAGUAAAAAAUUAUAAAAAGUAACACAAUAAAAUAACAAUAAUGAGGCUAUAUACAGGGGGUACCAGUACCGAGUCAAUGUGCGGGGGUACAGGUUAGUCGAGGUAAUUUGUACAUGUAGGUAGGGGUAAAGUGACUAUACAUACGUAAUAGACAGCGGGUAGCAGCAGUGUCAAUGUAAAUAGUCCGGGUGGCCAUUUUGAUUAAUUGUUCAGCAGUCUUAUGGCUUGGGGGUAGAAGCUGUUAAGGAGCCUUUUGGUCAUAGACUUGGCGCUCUAGUACCGCUUGCCGUGCGGUAGCAGAGAGAACAGUCAAUGGCUUGGGUGACUGGAGUCUUUGACCAUUUUUUGGGCCUUCCUCUGACACCGCCUAGAAUAUACAGUUGAAGUCGGAAGUUUACGUACACUUAGUAGUCAAUGAACAGCAUUCUCACAUAGGUGUUCCUUUUGUCCAGGUGGGAAAGGGCAGUUUGGAGUGCAAUUGAGAUUGCGUCAUCUGUGGGGCGGUAUGCGAAUUGGAGUGGGUCUAGGGCAGUGGUUCCCAAACUGUGGGUCAUGUUUUUAUUUUUAUACAUUUUUGGGAUAGAAAAACGCUUUCCUAAAUAACCUAAAUAAAUAAACCAAAUAGUAUGUAUAAAAGAUAAUGAACCUAUACAUUUUUAAAUAAUAUCCUAUAGUCUUUGAGAAUUAACAAAAUAAAAGCUAGACAAUCAGGCCCCCGUUGAUUUUGUUAUAAUGUUUGAGCAUAAGAACACCUCAUUAGCCAUGUCAGAAUGACAUGGCUAAUGAAUUUUAGGAAAUAGAAUUUUAGGAAAUAGCUUAAAAACUGCAACAUUUUCUCUCAAGCUCCAUGACUAAAUGUAUAUAAUUGAAGGAAAUUUGCUUGACUUUCAGGUCCAUGGCAGGAUGUGUGGAAUUGCAAGAGAUUAGCUUUGAAACCGCACAUUUUACUAGCAGCUGCCAAGAUCAUAUUUUUUACUUAUUCUUUAGUCUGUGUAUGUUUUUUUUCCACCGCACAACCCUUAUGGUGGGUCACAAAGCAAAAAGGUUUGAGAACCCAUGGUCUAGGGUAUCCGGGAUGAUGCUGUUGAUGUGAGCCAUGACCAGCCUUUCAAAGCACUUCAUGGCUACCGACGUGAGUGCUACGGGGCGGUAAUCAUUUAGGCAGGUUACCUUCGCAUUCUUGGGCACAGGGACUAUGGUGGUCUGCUUGAAACAUGUAGGUAUUACAGACUCGGUCAGGGAGAGGUUGAAAAUGUCAGUGAAGACACUUGCCAGUUGGUCAGCGCAUGCUCGGAGUACCCGUCCUGGUAAUCUGUCUGGCCCUGCGGCUUUGGGAAUGUUUUUUUUUGUUGUUGGUAUUUUACCCCCUUUUUCUCCCCUAUUUCGUGGUAUCCAAUUGGUAGUUACAGUCUUGUCCCAUCAUUGCAACUCCCGUACGGACACGGGAGAGGCGAAGGUCGAGAGUCGUGCAUCCUCCGAAACUCAACCCAACCGAGCCGCACUGCUUCUUGACACAAUGCCCGCUUAACCCGGAAGCCAGCCGCACCAAUGUGCCGGAGGAAACACUGUACACCUGCCGACCGAGUCAGCGUGCACUGUGCCCGGCCAGCCACAGGAGUCGCUAGUGCGCGAUGGGACAAGAACAUCCCUGCCGGCUGUUAUGAUGAGUUUCUCAAGUAUCAAGUAGUUCAUGAUGCAAGAAGAUAUUUAACACUUAGAUGGAGAGUUGAUACAAAUAUUUAAUAGACACGUUACCAUGGUUCGUCUAACAAAAGCGCAUGCUUCGCCUCUUUUCAUCCGAACUACUAGACAAAUAAAAUAUCUCUCUUCUUAUAGUCCAUGUUACAUAUUGCUUCCACAACAUCUGUUAACCAUCAGUGGGCACUCCCUUCUUUGAUGGUAUUACCCUGUACCCAAGUCAGUAUAUUCUAUCUAUCAAUCAUUCUAAGAUAAACCACCAGUAAGCUCCCUUGACAUACUGGAAUCCAGACUCUGUGGCACCAAGAAUCACUUACAGUGGGGAAAAAAAGUAUUUAGUCAGCCACCAAUUGUGCAAGUUCUCCCACUUAAAAAGAUGAGAGAGGCCUGUAAUUUUCAUCAUAGGUACACGUCAACUAUGACAGACAAAAUGAGGGAAAAAAAUCCAGAAAAUCACAUUGUAUGAUUUUUAAUGAAUUUAUUUGCAAAUUAUGGUGGAAAAUAAGUAUUUGGUCAAUAACAAAAGUUUCUCAAUACUUUGUUAUAUACCCUCUGUUGGCAAUGACACAGGUCAAACGUUUUCUGUAAGUCUUCACAAGGAUUUCACACACUGUUGCUGGUAUUUUGGCCCAUUCCUCCAUGCAGAUCUCCUCUAGAGCAGUGAUGUUUUGGGGCUGUCGCUGGGCAACACGGACUUUCAACUCCCUCCAAAGAUUUUCUAUGGGGUUGAGAUCUGGAGACUGGCUAGGCCACUCCAGGACCUUGAAAUGCUUCUUACGAAGCCACUCCUUCGUUGCCCGGGCGGUGUGUUUGGGAUCAUUGUCAUACUGAAAGACCCAGCCACGUUUCAUCUUCAAUGCCCUUGCUGAUGGAAGGAGGUUUUCACUCAAAAUCUCACCAUACAUGGCCCCAUUCAUUAUUUCCUUUACACGAAUCAGUCGUCCUGGUCCCUUUGCAGAAAAACAGCCCCAAAGCAUGAUGUUUCCACCCCCAUGCUUCACAGUAGGUAUGGUGUUCUUUGGAUGCAACUCAGCAUUCUUUGUCCUCCAAACACGACGAGUUGAGUUUUUACCAAAAAGUAAUAUUUUGGUUUCAUCUGACCAUAUGACAUUCUCCCAAUCCUCUUCUGGAUCAUCCAAAUGCACUCUAGCAAACUUCAGACGGGCCUGGACAUGUACUGGCUUAAGCAGGGGGACACGUCUGGCACUGCAGGAUUUAAGUCCCUGGCGGCGUAGUGUGUUACUGAUGGUAGGCUUUGUUACUUUGGUCCCAGCUCUCUGCAGGUCAUUCACUAGGUCCCCCCGUGUGGUUCUGGGAUUUUUGCUCACCGGUCUUGUGAUCAUUUUGACCCCACGGGGUGAGAUCUUUCGUGGAGCCCCAGAUCGAGGGAGAUUAUCAGUGGUCUUGUAUGCCUUCCAUUUCCUAAUAAUUGCUCCCACAGUUGAUUUCUUCAAACCAAGCUGCUUACCUAUUGCAGAUUCAGUCUUCCCAGCCUGGUGCAGGUCUACAAUUUUGUUUCUGGUGUCCUUUGACAGCUCUUUGGUCUUGGCCAUAGUGGAGUUUGGAGUGUGACUGUUUGAGCUUGUGGGCAGGUGUCUUUUAUACUGAUAACAAGUUGAAACAGGUGCCAUUAAUACAGGUAACGCGUGGAGGACAGAGGAGCCUCUUAAAGAAGAAGUUACAGGUCUGUGAGAGCCAGAAAUCUUGCUUGUUUGUAGGUGACCAAAUACUUAUUUUCCACCAUAAUUUGCAAAUAAAUUCAUUAAAAAUCAUACAAUGUGAUUUUCUGGAUUUUUUUCCCUCAUUUUGUCUGUCAUAGUUGACGUGUACCUAUGAUGAAAAUUACAGGCCUCUCUCAUCUUUUUAAGUGGGAGAACUUGCACAAUUGGUGGCUGACUAAAUACUUUUUUUCCCCACUGUAUCUAAUAAAUAUAACCUUGUUUCCACAACACUAUGACAAGACAUCAUAACAAUCCUUCAUUUUUUGCCCUUUGUGGUAAGUAACACUCCUUAAAUAUAACUUUACUUAACCCUAACAAUUCACAUAUAACCUCAUAUAAAAUAAAAUGUUCUCCAAAAAGUAGUAUAGAUAUAUGAUUAGAGCCUAAACUAUGCUAGAUAACUGAGAAUUCAUCCCCCUCUACCUUCUUCUAUACCUGAAACCAAACAGAUUUUCAAUAUAUUUAAUAAACAAAGGUAUACAUUCCCAGUCACUUAGCUCAUGCACCAUCAAACCUCUCAAACCUUUAUGUAGUCAGUCUGAGUAAAAGAUAGAUACAUGAUUAACUACUAUAUAUUCAUGCUAAAAAAAUCUAUGUAGUCAACCUUACUCUUUUUUAAAUGACACCCGUGUAUACAUAAUUGUAUACAAAAUAUACCCAUCAUCUUAGACAUGCUACCAAGAAAAACAUACAUAUAAAUUCUUCCACACAAAUACAAUGAUACAUUACACUCUAAGUUACAUGGAGCUUAUAAUAUAUUCAGAUGAAUAUAUCUCAAUAUAAAUAACGUCAGUCUUCUUCAUCCAUGUUCAUUCAGAGGAACCCCAAACUUUUCUCUGGUCACUUGGGGCGCUAUCUGAUCGACUGAGUUAGUCUUGUUUCCACAUCUUCAAACCUGUAAACCUUAACUUCCACGUUAUACAGUUCCAAUUUAACAUUCCCCAUUCCUCAAUCAACAUUGUCAAUGAACUCUACACUGGAAUAAGAUGAAGAAUUAGUACUCUUAAACCUUCCUGUAUGUCUCUAAUAUUUCCCAUAUAUUUAGUUAAAUUCACAAGACCUUCCUAAUCCUGAUGGCAAGUAUGUACAACAUGCAUCUCCCCAUAUAAUCCCAUACAUUCCCCCUCUAUCUACAAUAAUAGCAUCCAAUGCUAUGCGAUUAUCAAUUGCAUAGUGGCCAAUGAGUGACAUUUCAGACCCAAUUGCUUGAAAAUCCAAGACUGUUAAUAGGUACAAUAUUCAACUCUUUUCAACUCUGUUCUGAUAAUAUGCCUGAGGAGAGAUACACAGGAUAACACUCUGUUUUCAGUCCCUGUUAAAUCAGUACAGCCCUGAACUAGUUAGGAUUGAGAAAUUCAACCAAAAGUCAGAUCAGAUGAAAAUAGCAUAAACAUUCCUAUGUCUCAAAUACCAAAACCACAAGAUGGAAACCAAUUAAGUUAUUGCCUAGAAACAAAGAUAUAUAUAUAUAUACCACUCUAAACAUCCAUAUCAACCUUCCCUCUUUGGGUAUACAUAGUCACCUAUCAAUACCUCCAAAUACUUCAAAUGUAUAUAUUGACUAAUAUGUUAAUACGUUAACCUAAUAAUCAACAUGUUCAUGAUAUCAGUCACAAUCCUUACAUUAACUUACAUGUUCCAAACAGUAUAAUUCAAAAAUGUCUACUCAAAAUAAAUAAUGUGUAUCCUAAGACAUUACCAUAAUGUAUCGCUGUUUUAAACCUAAUAUCUAUAUAAGACAGUUAUCUCAAUUGUGCAAGCAAUAUCCUUCAUGCUGAAAAUAUUUACUAAUGAUUUACUUAAAUCACUGUCAUCUUAUAAAUAUAACCAAAACCAAAUUACUUAUCUCAACCAAAUUUAGAAUGACAAUUCUUAGUGAUUCACAUUGGUCCUAUCACUCAAAAUUAAAACCCUUAACUUUUAGCACCCAUUAUAACUGUCAAAAUGUACACUUAUAUUAACAUACAGUAUAAAUAUCCAUAAUUCUAUUAUGACCCUCCUAAUCCCGAGAAUAACUACAGAUCAUUAUCUCAAUGCAUUCUUAAUACUAUUAAUUUAGCAGUGUAUAUACCUCCUUCCCAAAUUAGCAAUUUUAGAUAAAUCCAAAUGUAUUAUCAACACAGCUAAGUAAUCCCCUUUUUCUCCGGCACGUUAAUCUUCUGGCGUCUCUUCAUUAUGUUCUUCAGACAGCUUCAUAUUUGAAAAUGAAUUGCCCAUGACAAUGUCACGACUUCAAUGUCUCAUCCGAGUCACCACCAUCCCUACAACCUCAUUGUGUCUUGUCCAUUUGCCAACCAGUAUACCAACAACAUGAGAAAUGUUGUAUUUGAACAGAUAUUUCUCCAUUCUCACUCAAUGGUGGACUCCUGUCCCACUCCCUCGAUAUAAAAACAUGAGAUAAAAUCCGUUGAUAGCUUCAAUUGGCUGUUGUAGACCGGUUGCAUGUAGAAGUGGUGCUUUACAGGAACGUCUUCAACGCCUCUGAUGUUCAUCUUCAGCCGGUACAGAGGUUGUUUCUUUUUUAAGGUUCACACCAUUCUAGGCCAAAUUAUCCCUGCUAUGCAUCAAGACACCAUCUGUAUUUACCUCACUAGAAGACAGAUCAUAACAGUUUAAUUGAUUUCAAGCAAUCCAUAUAAGCAUUGACUAGAUUACAAAUUAUUAUGUUUUACCAAUUAUUCUUAAUACCAAUUUCUAAUAUACUCCCCAAUUUCUGUUAGGUAAACCCUCCAAAUACAGAUAAGUGAAUGGUGUGACAGUCAGGUGAUUCUUGAAGUUCUGGUAGAUCUUGAAGUUCUUGGAGGUCUGAACCUUCUUCCUUCACUAGGGUUUAGGAUCAUACAGAGUCCUUCUCCAUUUAUCAACAUCGCUCUGUGUAGUGUGUCCUUCUGUCAACGUACUAAAAGGGAAGUUGAGAGUCCCUACUGCAAAGAGACACAAAAUAAAACAAUUCUCCGCCGUGGCGGUGCCAUCUUCCUCCUCUGAGUUAGAAUACUCUUACAGUGGGACACAUAGAUCUAGGAAUCUGUCUCUGCUACUUUCCCCUCCAUCGAGGUAUCCAGCAACACCUAGUACUGACCUCCCCAUCUAGAGUUUGUCCAGCUCUUACCUCUGCAAUCCAAAGCCUCCAAGGUGCAGAAAAUGCCCAGAUUCUCCUGUUAGGUUAGGCAGAGUUGCCUUCACCCUUAGGAAGAAAGUCUUAGCAACAUUGUUAGGUGAGACACCUUAUGCUACUAUACCCUGUCUUCUCAUCAGUCAGGAGAAGCCUUGAUAUUAGGAAUUGCACAUCUUGCAGCUUGUUAUAGGUCACUAGUUUCAUAGACAGGCCUCCUCUACAUCCUGCCUUAUACCACAAAUACACUUUCACCUAAAUAAAUGUAGUCUAACCCAUAACACAUUAAUUACUACUGCUCAUAUUCUUACUACAAUUUGCAUAUUUACCCAAAAAUCCUCAUGCGAUCAAUACUACCCCUCUUUGGACACAUGACUCACAUUGUGAUUCAUGCGUUCAUAAACUACAACAACAACAUUGCCUGUUAAACCAAAAUAAUACAUGAAAUUAAAAUGACAACAUUUGAUAAUACCUUCACUUACUUGUAUCCCAUAAAGUAAUUCAAGUAAUAUCAACAUUGACUAGCGCCAGGUGUUCCUCAUUCAGGACUAGCUCUCUCACUCUGACCUUAUUAUGGUCCGACUCAUAUAUAUGACUAUUGCCAAAUUAUAAACUUCUUCAUAAUUAUCAGUAUUAUAAAUUACCUUCAACCCGGUAUAAUAAAUUACCUUAAAUUCCUCAUCCCAUGCCUCUACAGUCGUGGUCAAAAGUUUUGAGAAUGACACAAGUAUUGGUCUUCACAAAGUUCGCUGCUUCAGUGUUAUGAGAUAUUUUUGUCAGAUGUUACUAUGGUAUACUGAAGUAUAAUUACAAGCAUUCCAUAAGUGUCAAAGGCUUUUAUUGACAAUUACAUUACGUUUAUGCAAAGAGUCAAUAUUUGCAGUGUUGACCCUUCUUUUUCAAGACCUCUGCAAUCUGCCCUGGCAUGCUGUCAAUUUACUUCUGGGCCACCUUCUGACUGAUGGCAGCCCAUUCUUGCACAAUCAAUGCUUGGAUUUUGUCAGAAUUUGUGGGUUUUUGUUUGUCCACCCGCCUCUUGAGGAUCGACCACAAGUUCUCAAUGGGAUUAAGGUCUGGGGAGUUUCCUGGCCAUGGACCCAAAAUGUCUAUGUUUUGUUCCCCGAGCCAGUUAGUUAUCACUUUUGCCUUAUGGCAAGGUGCUCCAUCAUGCUGGAAAAGGCAUUGGUCGUCACCAAACUGUUCUUGGAUGGUUGGGAGAAGUUGCUCUCGGAGGAUGUGUUGGUACCAUUCUUUAUUCAUGGCUGUAUUCUUAGGCAAAAUUGUGAGUGAGCCCACUCCCUUGGCUGAGAAGCAACCCCACACAUGUAUGGUCUGAGGAUGCUUUACUGUUGGCAUGACACAGGACUGAUGGUAGCGCUCACCUUGUCUUUUCCAGAUGCCCCAAACAAUCGGAAAGGGGAUUCAUCAGAGAAAAUGACUUUACCCAAGUCCUCAGCAGUCCAAUCGUUGUACCUUUUGCAGAAUAUCAGUCUGUCCCUGAUGUUUUUCCUGGAGAGAAGUGGCUUCUUUGCUUCCAUUCUUGACACCAGGCCAUCCUCCAAAAGUCUUCGCCUCACUGUGCGUGCAGAUGCACUCACAACCUGCCUGCUGCCAUUCCUGAGCAAGCUCUGCACUGGUGGUGCCCCGAUCCCGCAGCUGAAUCAACUUUAGGAGACGGUCCUGGUGCUUGCUGGACAUUCUUGGGCACCCUGACACCUUCACAACAAUUGAACCUCUCUCCUUGAAGUUCUUGAUGAUCCGAUAAAUGGUUGAUUUAGGUGCAAUCAUACUAGCAGCAAUAUCCUUGCCUGUGAAGCCCUUUUUGUGCAAAGCAAUGAUGACGGCACGUGUUUCCUUGCAGGUAACCAUGGUUAACAGAGGAAGAACAAUGAUUUCAAGCACCACCCUCCUUUUAAAGCUUCCAGUCUGUUGUUCUAACUCAAUCAGCAAGACAGUGAUCUCCAGCCUUGUCCUCGUCAACACUCACCUGUGUUAACGAGAGAAUCACUGACAUGAUGGCAGCUGGUCCUUUUGUGGCAGGGCUGAAAUGCAGUGGAAAUGUUUUUUGGGGAUUAAGUUCAUUUUCAUGGCAAAACUGAGGCAGCAGACUUUGUGAAAAUUUGUGUCAUUCUCAACUUUUGACCACAUUUUUACAUUUACAUUUUAGUCAUUUAGCAGACGCUCUUACCCAGAGCGACUUACAGUUAGUGAUUCCUUUUUUGUAUUUUUUCUCUUUUUUUUUGUUUGAUUUUUAGUUAAUAUAUUUUGCCUCUAUUUUUUCAUAUUUUUAUCUUCGUUGUUAAAAAAAAAAAAAAAUAUUUUUUUAUACUGGCCCCCGUGGGAAUCGAACCCACAACCCUGGCGUUGCAAACGCCAUGCUCUAUCAACUGAGCUACAUCCCUGCCGGCCAUUCCCUCCCCUACCCUGGACAACGCUGGGCCAAUUGUGCGCCGCCCAUGAGUCUCCCGGUCGCGGCCGGCUGCGACAGAGCCUGGAUUCGAACCAGGAUCUCUAGUGGCACAGUUAGCACUGCGAUGCAGUGCCUUAGACCACUGCGCCACUCAGUGUGGGUGAUCAAUUCACACUAGAAAGUCAGGACAGUUCAGAGGUCAUUCAAACCCUUCAAAGAAGCGUUCUAUUCUAUAGGAUAAACUAAUCAUUAACAACAGUCAAAACAUUUCAUAAAUGUUAUGUAUCCCAAGCGUACAGUAAGUCCUCAUGACAUUACUUCUCAAAAGAAAUCGUGUUUACCCAAAACUCACUCAUAAAAGAAAAAAACUUCAUAAAGCUCCGUGUGUGCCCCUUUAAGACUUAUCAUCUUUGACCCGUUAAAACCCCCUAAAAUCAAAAUAACAACCCUAUAUUACCAUUGUAAUAGGUGGGUUGUGUGUGGUUAUUUGAAAAACCCAAUUGGAAAACAACAAACAAAAAUAGCCAGGCCUUAUUUAAUUUGGUAGCUCCCUCUUAUGGCCUAAUUAUAAGACUGCCAAAUUUUACUAACUGCUCCCCCCAGCCUUGGGAAACAUUCCAAUGAGAGAUAAGGAAAUCCCCAUUCUCCUGGAAGAGAAAGUAUACAUUUCGUUAACAAAUAGUAAUUACACAAAACAUGAUGCAGAUAUACACUGUCCUACCUCACAUCAAUAAUCGUUUGUUUCAAUCUAAUUCCUCAUAACUACUCCAGAAGAAGAUUACAUAAAAUCUCUCAAAAGAUGAAAACCACUCAAGUUUCUCUUGAGUUUACAAUGAGUAUUUUUUUAUUGAUUACCCUUCAGACUUCAUCCUCUGUAAUUCUCACAAUGAUUAUUCAACCCCUAAAUCUGCUCCUUUUGAUCCCAUAUCAAAUUAUCCUAGUAUCGUUACUUGAUCAACAACAGGAAAUAUCCGUUUCCCCUUAUAUUGUUCCUGUCACCCCUCUAAAUGUCAUAUUUUAUUCAUUCGCCAAUAUAAUCAAUUACUCCGCGUAAGGAAGCCGUGAUAUUUUAUCCCAGGCAUCUAUUUAAAAAAUUUUUUGAGACAUUGUCUCCUACUUUCCCUUAACAUAUACUGUAGGGGACUUCCAUCAAUCCUGGGAAAAACAACUCCCACUCAAAACACAUCAGAUAAUACCACGUUUCAUUAAGUUCACUACACCUUCCAAUAUAAACCUAUAACCCCUUUUUGGUAAUGUAAUCAUCUCCACUUGUUGCAUUUAUGUUUUAAAAUAACAACCUAUUGUUUAAUAACUUCAUAACUUACAAAACAAUUUUACUACUCCACCAGCCUAAUAAUAAAAACUAUCUCCCAUUGUUCAACAUUCCAGAAACAGAUUAUCGUUUUUAGAAUUAAUGAACUGUCUGCAUAACCCACUGUUUAAACAAACUAUAGAAUUUAAUAAUAAUAAUUACAAAUUGUCAAAGAACGUUCCCUAUUCAACUAUCUAGAUAUCUGCUCCACAUUACCCUCUGCGUCCUUUACAUCCCGAUAUAGCACAGCCAGCACGACUCUUUCACCCGUUUACUAAAUCAUGGCAUUAGUAAAUUAUAUCCACAAACCACUACUACCUAAUAACAUAUUUUCAUUGACCUUACUAGAAAUAAUAAUUUUAAUACCAGUCUAUUCAAACAAUCCAAUUCAACAUUUCUCAUCUCCCAAUUAACCUACUUUCCUUCUAACACAGAAAACCCUCUACAAUCUAUUUUAUCCUCUACCGCUGUCUUUCCAUCUAACGGUACUUUAGCAGGUUACAAAUGAUUGUGACGUUAUAGUGAAAACAAACAAAACAUAUAUUCACAGAGAUGCAAAUGUAAUUACUAUGUUAUACUAUCCGCCAUGGGUUGGUAAGAUAAUCUCUUUCAUAUAAUCGUAUCAAUUAAACCAGUGAUUCAGGUCAACAGCAUCAAUUUAACAGUUUCGCUUCCGUCCUUACCUGGGCUUGAACCAGGGACCCUCUGCACACAUCGACAACAGUCACCCUCGAGGCACCGUUACCUGUCGCUCCACAAAAGCCGCGGUCCUUGCAAAGCAAGGCAAACAACUACAACUACUUCCAGGUCACAGAGCAAGUUACGUCACCACUCUAAACGCUACUAGUUCGCACCACUAACUAGCUAGCCCUUUCACACCGGUAACAUUCACCCCCCUUUGACUUCCUCCUUCUUCGCAGCAAUCAGUGAUCCGGGUACACCACAUUUAACCCAUUAUGACACUUACAGCUCUCUCACGUUCAGCGAGCCCCAGUUGCUAACACCCGCAGAUCAACACCUAGAAAUUCUCCAGACAACAAAUAAAAACUAUUCUCAAAAUGCGUUCUGCAUUUACCUCUAUCGUAGGGUUUAAAAACUAACUUAACAACAUGAACAAUCAAUUGCUGUAGUAGCUUCAUGUUUGGUUCAGUUUAUCUGUUACGAUAUUGUGUCAGUAAUAUUUCUGUAGUGACCUCAGCUACAAGUUCCUAUAUUCCUCAGUUAAUGUUAUCUUUCAUACUCUGCUCCCUUCCAACAAGGCUUCAUAAUCCCUGUUGUAUUUUUUAUAUUCAUUUUAUUCUCUGAGUUCCCUUGCUUCAUUUCCCAUUAAGAUAAGACACUCGCUUCCCUGUGCUUCGGCACUACACCCUUAUUUUCCCCUGUUAUCAACUAAGAUCAUAGCCACAGCUUAUGAAACCACCAAUCCGUCAUUAUUAGAAUACAGCAGAUCUAGGUAACUGUCCUUUCUAAGCAGGCUACAAGCAAUAAACCAAACACUUGCUGUAGUUGACAACAUUAUUUUGAAUUUAUAUCCAUAGUAUCAAUAUCCAAUAUAUGGAUUGACAUUACACCCCCAUUCUCACUCGUUUAAUCUAGCAAACCCGUAGGCAACGCAAAAAAAAUUACUACCACACAAUCGUCUCGCUAUUCCUGUUAAAUAAUGGUCAUUCAAUUUGAACCAAGCACGCUGAUAAAUCUUCGAUUCUACAUCACCAAACCAAAUACUUUGUAGUAUCUGUCUAAGCAACACAUACCAACAGUAGAAUUACACUCAGAAACCCAGAUUUGUUUACUCUAUGCCAUUGCCCCAAUGCUAUUGAAAUGACACAGACAUCCCACAAAUAGCGCAGUUACAAUGGUUUGUCGUCUUAACAUCUGAUCCAUAAUGAAAUUCCUUCACUUCCUCACCAUAGCUCCUCAAUGAUAAUUAGUUUAAUGGAAACCCUGAAUUGGCUUUGUACUAUAUUUAUAAAUUCCAGUCCUUAUGGGCAGUUUAUUUCUUAAACCUUAUCUCUAUCACGUGAUCCAUAAACGGCACCAACUCAGAAAACGUGUAUUUAUCGUGUCUCACACCCAACGUACGUCUACGUUUGGGUGAGCAAGUUAAUUCAUACAUACAACUCUAUUAUUUUCUCACUUCUCUAGUAAUCGAUUACACACAAACUUCUUCCUAUUUUCGCAUCGUCACAAACUCCAUAUAGAACGUUAGAAACUUCUAGGUACUCACAUCAAAGAAUACUUUUUUUUUUUUUUUUACGAUCCUCACUCAACACAUCAACUUCUUCAACCAUAUUCCCAGCGGAACCAAAAAAAAAAGACUAGUUUUCCGGACACUACCCCGCCUUUCAUUGGAUCCUCCCCGAAAAUACAGACUUUUCCGCUACUCUCUAAAAUAAUAUCACUCUCUCCAUACCACUCCUUGAUAUUCUAUUACCUAAUUCUGUUGACUCCCCUUUGUUUUUAUUAGUUCAUGCAAUGAAUACUUAAAUAAAAUCCCCAACUUGAUCUUUAUUAAAAUUUAGUUUGCCUAUUUUGUCUUUGGUGCUAUGAUUCAACAGGCUCACUUGUAUCUGCUCUGAUUCUUUAUGCAGUAUGAUUUAUUGUUUUCUCUCUCUCCAUUCUGAGUAAUUCACACAGGACCAAUUCUUUCUUUACCACAGUACUCUACUCAUUAAUUUGGACUUCUCCUCUAUAGUGUUGUUACUCCCUUAAUCAAUUGUCUUAUUUUAACUGUAACCUUCUACCAAGGACUUUAAUCUUCACCAAAAUACUAAUUUUCUCAUAGGGCUUUUAUAACCUUCUACCAAGGACUUUAACCUUCAUCCCUAAGCUUGCUGAGGACUUGAACCUCACAACUUUUCACAUUAUAAUGUCGUCAUAUCUUAGGACUCAAACCUCUGACCUAUUUUUAAAUGUCGUAAACCUUAACAAAUGUUGUUGAUGACUUAAACAUCAUAACAAAGGACUCUAACAUUCAUCCCUAAGCUUGCUGAGGACUUGAACCUCACAACGUUUCACAUUAUAAUGUCGUCAUAUCUUAGGACUCGAACCUCUGACCUAUUUUAUAAUGUCGUACCCAUUAAAAGACCCUACACCCAAUCUUGUUAAACCCAUUCUCCUUCUCUGUUGUUUUUAGUCAUUACUCUGAACAAACCCUUCUUAGAAUCAUAGCACCAUGUUAUUGUCUAAUUUGAUCAUUCUCCUUACAUCCCUUCUACACAACUCAACACCACUCAUCGUCCCCCUUUUAAAAAUAUUGAAUCUUAAACGUUCUUUACUGCUCAGCCUUACCACAGAUAAGCAGAAUUUGACAUAAUAAAAAAAUGAAAGUCUGCUUACCUGUUAGUUCGGCUGUAAACUGCAUCCUGUUAGUUUAGACACCAAUCUGUUAUGAUGAGUUUCUCGGGUAUCAAGUAGUUCAUGAUGCAAGAAGAUAUUUAACACUUAGAUGGAGAGUUGAUAUAAAUAUUUAAUAGACACGGUACCGUGGUUCGUCUAACAAAAGCGCAUGCUUUGCCUCUUGUCAUCCGAACUACUAGACAAAGAAAAUAUCUCUUCUUAUAGUCCAUGUUACAUAUUGCUUCCACAACAUCUGUUAACCAUCAGUGGGCACUCCCUUCUUUGAUGGUAUUACCCUGUACCCAAGUCAGUAUAUUCUAUCUAUCAAUCAUUCUAAGAUAAACCACCAGUAAGCUCCCUUGACAUACUGGAAUCCAGACUCUGUGGCAUCUAAAAAAUAUAACCUUGUUUCCACAACACUAUGACAAGACAUCAUAACACCGGCCAAACCCUCCCCGACCCUGGACGGCGCUGGGACAAUUGUGCGCCGCCCCAUGGGUCUCCCGGUCGCGGCCGGCUGUGACAGAGCCUGGACUCGAACCAGGAUCUCUAGUGGCACAGCUAACACUGCGAUGCAGUGCCUUAGACCACUGCGCCACUCGGGAGGCCAGCUUUGUGAAUGUUGACCUGUUUAAAGGUCUUGCUCACAUCGGCUACCGAGAGCGUUAUCACACAGUUGUCCGGAACAGCUGGUGCUCUCAUGCAUGCUUCAGUGUUGCUUGCCUCGAAGCGAGCAUAAAAGGCAUUUAGCUCGUCUGGUAGGCUCGCGUCACUGGGCAGCUCGCGGCUUGGUUUCCCUUUGUAGUCGUAAUAGUUUUCAAGCCCUGCCACAUCUGACUGGCGUCAGAGCUGGUGUAGUAGGUUUCAAUCUUAAUCCUGUAUUGACACUUUGCAUGUUUGAUGGUUCGUCUGAGGGCGUAGCAGGAUUUCUUAUAAGCGUCCAGAUUAGUGUCCCGCUCCUUGAAAGCGGCAGCUCUAGCCUUUAGCUCAUUGCCGAUGUUGCCUGUAAUCCAUGGCUUCUGGUUGGGAUAUGUACGUAUGGUCACUGUGGGGACGACGUCGUCGAUGCACUUAUUGAUGAAGCCAAUGACUGAGGUGGUAUACUCCUCAAUGCCAUUGGAUGAGUCCCGGAACAUAUUCCAGUCUGUGCUAGCAAAACGGUUCUGUAGCGUAGCAUAGCGUCAACAAUGCUGUGUUUGUGUUCCAGAGCCUCUCAGACCCUAACAACUACCAUGAGUUUUGUCGUCUGUUGGCGCGACUGAAGAGUAACUACCAGCUGGGAGAGCUGGUCAAAGUAGAAAACUACCCAGAAGUCAUCAGGCUUAUAGCCAACUUCACUGUCACCAGUCUACAGGUACUAUGUGUGUGUGUGAGACCCCAAGGGUAGAUUGGUGCGUGUCUUGGUAAACAGACAGACAUUUCAUAAAUAGUCCUUCUUAAAUCUGUCCUCCUAUACCUCUCAAUGAUCUUGUUAAAUGCAAGCGUUAACGUUCUGCAGAAAACCUUAUUGUCAUUGUUAUAUGUUCACUUUUUUAUAUUGUGUGUGUGUUGCAGCACUGGGAGUUUGCCCCUAACUCUGUCCACUACCUGUUGAGCCUGUGGCAGCGCCUGGCAGCGUCUGUCCCUUAUGUUAAAGCCACCGAGCCUCACCUGCUAGAGACCUACACACCUGAAGUCACCAAGGCCUACAUCACCUCACGCCUCGAGUCUGUCUGCAUCAUCCUAAGGUAACACACACACACACACACACACACACACACACACACACACACACACACACACACACACACACACACACACUAACAGAUCAAAUGAUGAAACGUUGAAAUCAUUUUCACGUGUGUGUGUAGGGAUGGGUUAGAGGACCCUCUAGAUGACGCAGGGUUAGUCCAGCAGCAGUUAGACCAGCUCUCCACCAUCGGUCGCUGUGAAUACGAGAAGACCUGUGCCCUAUUGGUCCAGCUCUUUGACCAAUCAGCACAGACCUACCAGGAACUACUGCAGUCUACCAACUCUAGUACCAUCGACAUCACUGUCCAGGAGGGUACGUCUCUUUCCCUCUCAAUCAAUCAAUGAAAUAUGUCAAAAUAUAGCUUUUAACAACACAUGUUUUUGUUACCAGGCAGGUUUUUAUGGUUGGUUUAUAUAAUUAUAUUUCUAUAUCUACAGGGAGGUUAACAUGGUUGGUGUAUAUAAUCGGAGCGGUCAUUGGAGGAAGAGUGUCCUUCGCCUCCACAGAUGAACAAGACGCCAUGGAUGGAGAACUAGUCUGUCGGUACGUCCACACACAAGUAACCUCACCCUAACCAAUACCGCUACCUAUUAGUAAAGUAAAGUAUUUGAUCCCCUGCUGAUUUUGUACGUUUGCCCACUGACAAAGAAAUGAUCAGUCUAUAAUUUUAAUGGUAGGUUUAUCUGAACAAAAAAUCCAGAAAAACGCAUGUCAAAAAUGUUAUAAAUUGAUUUACAUUUUAAUAAGGGAAAUAAGUAUUUCACCCCUCUGCAAAAUACGACUUAGUACUUGGUGACAAAACCCUUGUUGGCAAUCACAGAGGUCAGACGUUUCUUGUAGUUGGCCACCAGGUUUGCACACAUCUCAGGAGGGAUUUUGUUCCACUCCUCUUUGCAGAUCUUCUCCAAAUCAUUAAGGUUUCGAGGCUGACGUUUGGCAACUCGAACCUUCAGCUCCCUCCACAGAUUUUCUAUGGGAUUAAGGUCUGGAGACUGGCUAGGCCACUCCAGGACCUUAAUGUGCUUCUUCUUGAGCCACUCCUUUGUUGCCUUGGCCGUGUGUUUUGGGUCAUUGUCAUGCUGGAAUACCCAUCCAUUUUGGUCUCAUCUGACUACAACACUUUCACCCAGUUCUCCUCUGAAUCAUUCAGAUGUUCAUUGGCAAACUUCAGACAGCCCUGUAUAUGUGCUUUCUUGAGCAGGGGGACCUUGCGGGCGCUGCAGGAUUUCAGUCCUUCACGGCGUAGUGUGUUACCAAUUGUUUUCUUGGUGACUAUGGUCCCAGCUGCCUUGAGAUCAUUGACAAGAUCCUCCCGUGUAGUUCUGGGCUGAUUCCUCACCGUUCCCAUGAUCAUUGCAACUCCACGAGGUGAGAUCUUGCAUGGAGCCCCAGGCCGAGGGAGAUUGACAGUGCUUUUGUGUUUCUUCCAUUUGCGAAUAAUCGCACCAACUGUUGUCACCUUCUCACCAAGCUGCUUGGCGAUGGUCUUGUAGCCCAUUCCAGCCUUGUGUAGGUCUACAAUCUUGUCCCUGACAUCCUUGGAGAGCUCUUCGGUCUUGGCCAUGGUGGAGAGUUUGGAAUCUGAUUGAUUGAUUGCUUCUGUGGACAGGUGUCUUUUAUACAGGUAACAAGCUGAGAUUAGGAGCACUCCCUUUAAGAGUGUGCUCCUAAUCUCAGCUCGUUACCUGUAUAAAAGACACCUGGGAGCCAGAAAUCUUUCUGAUUGAGAGGGGGUCAAAUACUUAUUUCCCUCAUUUAAAAUGCAAAUCAAUUUAUAAAACAUUUUUUACAUGCGUUUUUCUGGAUUUUUUUGUUGUUAUUCUGUCUCUCACUGUUCAAAUAAACCUACCAUUAAAAUUAUAGACUGAUCAUUUCUUUGUCAGUGGGCAAACGUACAAAAUCAGCAGGGGAUCAAAUACUUUUUUCCCUCACUGUACGUAAGUAUUCAGACCAUUUGCUAUGAGAAUCGAAAUUGAGCUCAGGUGCAUCCUGUUUCCAUUGAUCAUCCUUGAGAUGUUUCUACAACUUGUUUGGAGUCCACCUGUGGUAAAUGAAAUUGAUUGGACAUGAUUUGGAAAGGCACACACCACAUAAGCUUAUGUAACCCAAUAAUGCAAGCUCGGAUAUUGCAAAAAUGUAGAAUACAAGUAGUCAUUGUCUACCCUACAUAAACAAACAAACAACAUUAGGAUAUCUUAAAGAAUUUUGGAAAUAUAGACCUGUAAACACAGACUAACUAGGUUUCCGUCCAAUUGGCGACAGACUUUCAUGAGAAUAUAUAUUUUUUUUAGCAUAAAACAAUAUGCGCAUUUUCCUACCAGAGAUGUGUUUUCAUCAAAUUGACUUGUUGCAGGUAAAAGGCUGUGCAUGAUGACGUUGUGCACAUUUAAAAUACAUUUUGCGGUUAAAUUCCAAUGUACUGAAUAAAAAAUACAAGUUAAAUGGGUUUCCAUUGCAUUUUUAACUCUACUGAUGGUUUUCUCACAAAACAUUUUGCGUUGUAUAGUGAGUGUGCCCAUUCUGGUAUUGGCACGUGUGCUCUAGCCAACAGCGCUAUCUGUGCACUGUUGGCUAGAACGCACGUAUAGCCUACAUGAUGAGAUUAUUAUGGAUAAAAGAGCAAUCAUUUUUAUUUGGCAAACGGCAGCCAAGCAUUGAUGUCACCAGAAUAAAACCCUCUAUUUAUUGGAAAGGAGCAUCAAGCUCAUCACCUUGCACUUUCACCACCCUGUGAAGUUCAUCAUAACUGACUUCAUCUGUAGCCUAAUAAACUGCAUGCUUUCCCGACGAGUUGUAGUGGGAGGACCACACAACAUGUCAUCGCGAUAUGAUGGUUAUUAUAUCAAUAUUUGCGCAUAAAAGCUUUUCCACUGACAUUUCUUGCAUAAUUAAUUAUACCGACACAAAAAGAUCUCACCUUUUGUUUUGUCGACAUUUGGAAUGUUUACCCCCCCAAAAAAAAAUUCCGAUCAGGCCUGUCAUUACAUUUAUUUUCCCGACAUGUACUUUUACUCGCAUUAAAAAGGUUGAAUGGAAAUCUGGUUAUUGUAAACUUCAGUUUUUGGUAGCUGUUCAAUAGACAACUUUCCAAGUCACAUUUGCUGUUAUUCAGUGCUGUGUGGUCUUGCAUUGCAAAAAUGCAUACAGUUACACAUGUUUUUUUGAUGAUGUGGAUUUUUUAAUCUGCUCUAAAGCAGGUGGGCUCAGACACUGAAAACCGUAAUUUUUUCCAGUCAAAGGUUCCUCUGUGGAUUUUAUGUUUAGCCCCUACUCUUGCAAUUUAGUUGGGGGCCCCCCUAGAUUUGACUCCAAGUCCAAAAUUCAAUAUGGCUGCCACAUUACCAUUUAAAUUGUGGUUUAGUCACCUGUAUAUGUAAACUUUUUAAAUUAUAAAUUUUUCAGAUUUGUGUACUGUACUUAUGACUUGUACUCAAUACUAUUUUUGUGUACUUCAACUAAACUAUAUAUACAAAAUAAUUUGGACACCCCUUCAAAUUAGUGGAUUCGGCUAUUUCAGCCACACCUGUUGCUGACAGGUGUAUACAAUUGAGCACACAGCUAUGCAAUCUCCAUAGACAAACAUUGGCAGUAGAAUGGCCUUACCGAAAAGCUCAGUGACUUUCAACGUGGCACCGUCCUAGGAUACCAUCUUUCCAACAAGUCAGUUCGUCAAAUUUCUGCCCACUAGAGCUGCCCGGUCAACUGUAAGUGCUGUUAUUGUGAAGUGGAAACGUCUAGGAGCAACAACGGCUCAGCCGCGAUGUGGUAGGCCACACAAGCUCACAGAACAGGACCGGCAAGUGCUGAAGCGCGUAAAAAUCGUCUGUCCUCGGUUGCAACACUCACAACAGAGUUCCAAACUGCCUCUGGAAGCAACGUCAGCACAAGAACUGUUCGUCGCGAGCUUCAUGAAAUGGGUUUCCAUGGCCGAGCAGCCAUGCGCAAUGCCAAGCUUCGGCUGGAGUGGUGUAAAGCUUGCCGCCAUUGCACUCUGGAGCAGUGGAAAUGUGUUCUCUGGAGUGAUGAAUCACGCUUCACCAUCUGGCAGUCCGACGGACGAAUCUGGGUUUGGUGGAUGCCAGGAGAACGCUACCUUCCCCAAUGCAUAGUGCCAACUUCCUGUGUAGGAAGAAUAAUGGUCUGGGGCUGUUUUUCAUGGUUUGGGCUUGGGCCCCUUAGUUCCAGUGAAGGGAAAUCUUAACACUACAGCAUACAAUUACAUUCUAGACGAUUUUGUGCUUCCAACUUUGUGGCAACAGUUUGGGGAAGGCCCUUUCCUGUUUCAGCAUGACAAUGCCCACGUGCACAAAGCGAGGUCCAUACAGAAAUGGUUUGUCGAGAUUGGUGUGGAAGAACUUGACUGGCCUGCACAAGAGCCCUGACCUCAACCCCAUCGAACACCUUUGGGAUGAAUUGGAACGCCGACUGCGAGCCAGGCCUAAUUGCCCAACAUCAGUGCCCGACCUUAUUAAUGCUCUUGUGGCUGAAAUGGAAGCAAGUCCCCGUAGCAAUGUUUCAACAUCUAGUGGAAAGCCUUCCCAGAAGAGUCGAGGCUGUUAUAGCAGCAAAGGGGGGACCACCUCCAUAUUAAUGCCCAUGAUUUUGGAAUGAGGUGUUCGACAAGCAGGUGUCCACAUACUUUUGGUCAUGUAGUGUACGUUAGGAAUCCAGUAUGCCCACCAUAUACACUCAAACACCUUUGUCUGGAUAUAUAAAAAUGGCAGCAGACUGCUUGGCAUGGCAACACCAAGUAUUCCAAGUCACAAGUGCCUCUGGGGAUCAAUGAGAAAUAACAGAAAAGUAAUAACACAUAAUACAAAAGCAAUAAUAAAUACACAAUGAGUAAUGAUAACUUGGCUUUAUACACGGGGUACCAGUACCGAGUCGAUGUGCAGGGGUACGAGGUACAGUGCAUUCAGAAAGUAUUCAGACCCCUUGACUUUUCCACAUUUUGUUACGUUACAGCCUUAUUCUAAAAUUGAUUAAAUGUUUUUUUCCCCCUCAUAAAUCUACACACACUACCCCAACAUGACAAAGCAAAAACAGGUUUUUAGAAAUUUUGGCAAAUGUAUUAAAAAUAUCAAACUGAAAUAUUACAUUUACAUAAGUAUUCAGACCCUUCACUCAGUACUUUGUUGAAGCACCUUUGGCAGCGAUUACAGCCUCGAGUCUUCUUGGGUAUGACGCUACAAGCUUGGCACACCUGUAUUUGGGGAGUUUCUCCCAUUCUUCUCUGCAGAUCCUCUCAAGCUCUGUCAGGUUGGAUGGGGAGCGUCGCUGCACAGCAAUUAGUAUGUUGUUUUUUUGUUUAGUUUUUUUGCUUGUACUUUUUACCCCUUUUACUCCCCAAAUUCGUAAUAUCCAAUUGGUAGUUACAGUCUUGUAACUUGCAACUCCCGUGCGGACUCGGAGAAGCGAAGUUCGAGAUCCAUGCAUCCUCCGAAACACGACCCUGCCAAGCCGCACUGCUUCUUGACACACUGCUUGCUUAACCCGGAAGCCAGCCACACCAAUGUGUGUGAGGAAACACCGUACAACUGGUGACCGAAGUCAGCGUUUAUGUGCCCGGCCCGCCACGAGUCGCUAGAGCGUGAUGGGACAAGGACAUCCCGGCUGGCCAAACCCUCCCCUAACCCAGAUGACGAUGGGCCAAUUGUGCGCCGCCCUAUGGGACUCCUGAUCACGACCGGUUGUGACACAGCCCGGGAUCGAACCUGGGUCUGUAGUGACGCCUCUAGCACUGAGAUGCAGUGCCUUAGACCGCUGCGCCACUCGGGAAGCACCGUGCUUGCUUUUUCUUGUCCAGAUUGGUAACCCGUGUUCAGAUUCCAAGUGACUUUUUCCAACUCUCAUACGACCUCUUCUCGUCGAAGUGAGGUGGCACAUAGUUAAUAAAUACAAUCUUCUGAAACCAAUGUGAACUCCAAAUGACACAACGACUAGGUUCCAGUUUAGCAGCGUUUACUUCACAAUAUCAGCAUGUUUUGUACACUCAGUGUAUAUGUCCUAUUGUAAAUAUACCUCAGGAUGCUGCAGCAGAUGAAUCAAUCACAAGUGUGUGUCUCAGGGUGCUCCAGUUGAUGAACCUAACAGACUCGCGUCUGGCCCAGGCGGGUAACGAGCGGUUGGAGUUGGCCAUGCUCAGCUUCUUCGACCAGUUCAGGAAAAUCUACAUCGGAGACCAGGUGCAAAAGUCCUCCAAGGUAAAUCAUUUUACUGUUACCACACACACACAGUUAUGUUUCAGACCUCACACAAUUUAAUGUUGAGAUGAGUCCACAUGUCAUACCGUCUUUUGUUUAGAUCGACAGCUAUCUCUAUCUCUCUCUGUUCCUCCCUAAGCAUGACUAACUCUGUUACUAUAUCUCUCCUUUCUUCUCAAAGCAUGACUAACUCUUACUAUCACUCUCUCUCCCCCUUCCUCUCUAAGCAUGACUAACUCUGUUACUAUCUCAAUUCAAAGGGCUUUAUUGGCGUGAGAAACAUGUGUUUACAUUGCCAUAGCAAGUGAAAUAGAUAAUAAACAAAUGUCAUAUGUCUAUAUACAGUGUUGUAACGAUGUGCAAAUAGUUAAAGUAAAAAAGGGAAAAUAAAUAAACAUAAAUAUGGGUUGUACUUACAGUGGUGUUUGUUCUUCACUGGUUGCCAUUUUCUUGUGGCAACAGGUCACAAAUCUUGCUGCUGUGAUGGCACACUGUGGUAUUUCACCCAGUAGAUAUGGGAGUUUAUCAAAAUUGAAUUUGUUUUCGGAUUCUUUGUGGGUCUGUGUAAUCUAAAGGAAAUAUGCGUCUCUAAUAUGGUUAUACAUUUGGCAGGAGGUUAGGAAGUGCAGCUCAGUUUCCACCUCAUUUUGUGGGAAAUGUGCACAUAGCCUGUCUUCUCUUGAGAGCCAGGUCUGCCUACAGCGACCUCUCUCAGUAGCAAGGCAAUGCCCUCUUCCUUCCUCUCUAAGCAUGACUAACUCUGUUACUGUAUCGCUCUCUAUCCCUUCCUCUCUAUGCCUGUAACUAGUGGGAGUUAUGUUAUAUUUGAACUAGUAGCUCUUUUGUCUGUGGGUGUGUUAGUGCUGACACAGCCUUACAACUUUGACUGACUGAGUGUGUUUUCUUUGUGCUGGGCAGAGGCUGCAAAAUGUGAACAGCCCAGAUAAGUGGUGACAGUCGAGAGAGCAGCCCUCCCCCAACGUGUCUGUUUGGUUUGGUCUUAUAGUUAUCCUCCCCUACCCCUUCCUAGUGGCAUGGUCAGUGUUACUGUUAACAUGGUGGAUAAUGUAGGUGGAAUCAUGGCUAACCAGAGAGCUCCCCAUGGAAGUGGGUUGGAGGCAGGGGAGAGUUCUGGAAUACUUCAUAUGAAGUGGGGUGGAGGCAGGGGAGUUCUAGAAUAGUUCAUAUGAAGUGAGGUAGAGGCAGGGCAAAGUUCUAGAAUAGUUAAUAUGAUGAUGUUUGGAGGCGAGGGGAGAGUUCUAGAAUAGUUCAUAUGAUGAGGUUUGGAGGUGGGGGGAGUUCUAGAAUAGUUAAUAUGAUGAGGUUUGGAGGUGGGGGGAGUUCUAGAAUAGUUAAUAUGAUUAGGUUUGGAGGCGGGGGGAGUUGUAGAAUAGUUAAUAUGAAGUUGGGUGGAGGCAGGGGAGUUGUAGAAUAGUUAAUAUGAUGAGGGUUCUGGAAUGUCAUUUCUGGGUGUGUAUGUGUGAGAUGGACUGUAUGAGUCUGAGCUGUCAGAAUAAAGAACACUCCAGACCUGCAGGAGAUACACUCCCCUCUAUGACACCCCCCACCCAAACCCCCUGAUUCUUAGGCAAACCAUCCUCAGCUCUGCUCAAUUUAACACUAACUAUCACACAGACUCUCUUGAUCUCACUCACUCUCUACCUCACACACUACUGUACCUCAGAGCUCAGGGUUUGGUGGAAUGUACAGCCAUGUUGGGGAGAUGAGAGCAGAGCUGAUUGGUGGGUGUUUUUCUUUAACCCUGUGGAGAUGUAUGGCUGGUGUUACGCUACUGGCAGCUGUUACGGUUUGUGAUAAUGUCAUAGUUGUCCUACUGUGUAGCUACUCUCUCUCCAGGGGAUCUUCCAAUGGUUAAUGGUGUGUGUCUGUGUGUGUCUGUGUGUGUCUGUGUGUGUGUCCCAGCUAUACCGGCGGCUGUCAGAGGUUCUGGGGCUGAAUGAUGAGACCAUGGUACUCAGCGUCUUCAUCGGAAAAAUGUGAGUUUCAGCACUUCCUGUGUUACUACUACUACUACUACUACUACUACUACUACUACUACUGGUUCUAUGGAGUAACCACUGAUUGAUUGAUUACCAUUUGUGAUUGCAGCAUCACCAAUCUGAAGUACUGGGGCCAGUGUGAACCAAUCACCUCCAAGACACUUCAGUUACUCAACGACCUCUCCAUAGGAUAUCCUUUUGUGUGUUUGUGUGUGUGUGUGAGAAAAGGGUGGUGGUGGUGUUAUAUUCUGUUAAAUUCCAGAUCCUGUGUUGUCUCCUUGACGGUGUGUGUGUGUACGUACAGCAGUGUGAGGAAGUUGGUGAAACUCAGUGCAGUUCAGUUCAUGCUGAACAACCACACAGUAAGUAUGCUGACCUUUGACCCCUCACCCUGACCCCUAACACUAACCGCCUGAAACUCAAUUUAUGCUUUUUGAUCCAGUUAUUUUCCCAUAAUGCCCUUAUCAUUUCUCCUAUGAUGUCAGAGCGAGCACUUCUCCUUCCUGGGCGUGAACAACCAAUCAAACCUCAGCGACAUGAGGUGUCGCACCACGUUCUACACCGCACUGGGACGCCUGCUGAUGGUCGACCUAGGUAGACACACACACACACCUAUCUAUCUCCAGUCUACAAAAUGAUCAGUAAUGUUCUUAUUUGGAUAAUUACAAACUUUUCAUUAUUUCACCUAGGGCUGUGAUGAUACCAGUAUCAUGAGAUUGUUUCCAUGGCAAAAAUGAAAGCACGAAGCUGACCAAACUCUUUGGUCCUUUAAAAACCUGUUGUAUGUAAAAUAUUGUGCGCUAUAGCUUGGAAAGUAAAUAAAUCUAACUCUGGAUGACAACAUAAUGGUGUUUGUUUCCAACAUUAGGGCUGUUUUCCUAAAGAAGUUAAAUCCGCUUCCUGUUUUGUUUCCUUGCCACGAUACUAACGAGUAUCGUGAUACUGGUAUUGUCCCAGCCCUACUUUCACCUUAUUUUCAUGUUGUGUGUGUGUGUAGGUGAGGAUGAGGACCAGUUUGAACAAUUCAUGCUUCCCCUGACGGCAGCGUUUGAAGCAGUGGCUCAGAUGUUCAGCACCAACACGUUCAACGAGCAGGAGGCCAAGAGGACGUUGGUAGGGCUGGUCAGAGACCUGAGAGGUAUCGCCUUCGCCUUCAACGCCAAGACCAGCUUCAUGAUGCUCUUCGACUGGAUGUAUCCUACACUGACCCCUGACCUCUAACCUGACCCCUUAUCCCUGACCUUUACGGACCAGGGGCCUGUUUAGGAGGUUGAAAGGUUGAAGAAUGUUCAGAUAGAAAUGCAUUGUGUAGAAGAGAUAUGACUGUCUAUCGUAGAAUAGGAAAUCGCUGUAGAGUUGUGAUUGGCAGAUAGUGUUGUCCUUCACUUGAAGCAAAGAGUCUCAUUGGUCGACAGUGUUGUCCUUAACCCCUCCCCCAGCUACCCAGCCUACAUGCCCAUCCUGCAGAGAGCUAUUGAACUCUGGUACCACGUACCAGCAUGCACCACUCCUGUCCUAAAGCUCAUGGCCGAGCUAGUCCACAACAGGUACACAAACAUGCACACAGUCAGAACCCUGACACUUCUCCCUCGACCUCUAACCCCUGACUUCUAACCCUGUGUAGGGAUUAACACCAAUUUCCCAACCAAGCGCCUUCCUGAUCCCCCCCCCCCCCCCCAAAAAGAAAAAAACAUGUGUAAUGGUAUCUCGAACAAUAAUAUAACAUUUCUGUGCCGCACUAAUGCAAAAAUAGAAAAUAUGUGACGCUAGAAACCUACAUUAUUUAGGCCAAUAGAAAACGUCUAUAUGGCUUCUAUAACUUACACUGUUACACACGACUUCUCGACGGAAUCACGGUAGGUAAUUUCCGUCCCAGGUUUCUCCUCUACAGUUUGUUCAUUCAUAUAACUUCCCAAACUUCAGCUGUGUUGCACCACAGAGGCUCCAAAAUAUAAACUGCGGCUGCUGACUGCUAACAAAACGCCUAAUACAUUGUGUCUGCAAAAGUGCUCAAGGAAGUUGACAUUUGCGACAUUGUUCCGUGUUGUUACACUAACAAAUGUGAGAGCACUGGCUUGACUAGAAGGUCAGAUUCACAGAUAAUUGAUCGGCAGCUGUCCAUGGUGCUGAUUCUAUGCUAUUUGGCGCUGUUUGCUUGUCUGUCACAAGGAAAAUAUCCAAUGCUGCGCUAAACAAACAGUCACCACAUAAGCGAGUUUUCAUAGUAAAAACAGCCAUAAUCUUUCCAAAUUCCCCUGAUAGCCAGACAGCUGCUCUGCAAGGGGAGUGGACAGAGCCAACAAGCUGGGUGACGUCUUUCAGUCAACGGUAAAACGACCCUGUCAUUUUCACUAGCUGUAAUAACCUCAUAAUAUUUUACCAGUCGAGCAAACAGUUUUUCAUAGGCCUACGUUAAAACUAUAGGCUACAUCAACUAAAUAGUGUGAGGACUUUGAGAGAAAUUUGAGUUGAUUCAAUUACAACAAAUACAACAAGAAACCGUUAGAUACCUGCAAGUGUUUCUCAAUUUAUAGUGAUAUAAUUAUGUCCGUUACCCCUUUGCGGGUAUUAUAUGCUUUUAGAUAGCAUUUCUGGUUUGAAAUGGAUCUCGGGAUACCUGGGAAAGGCUUGUAAUUUUCUCAGGAUGUAAAUGGAAAUCCCUAACUCUGUUUCCAGGUCACAGAGGUUACAGUUUGACGUGUCGUCACCCAACGGAAUCCUGCUGUUCAGAGAAACCAGCAAGAUGAUCACCACCUACGGUACUACACUCGUGUCCUUUUGCAACAGUUGCUGUGCACUCACUGGAGCAAUGUAGUUGGUUGGUCAACCACACAUUUUUUUUAUAUAUUCAUUUCCUUGGUUCUCGCUCUCCCCUUCUCCAGGUAACCGUAUCCUGACCAUCGGGGAGGUGCCUAAGGACCAGAUGUACAGUGUGAAGCUGAAAGGUGUCAGUGUGUGUUUCUCCAUGCUGAAGGCUGUGCUCUCUGGGAACUACGUCAACUUCGGGGUGUUCCGUCUCUAUGGAGAUGACGCACUGGACAACGCACUACAGACCUUCAUCAAACUGCUGCUGUCCAUACCACACAGCGACCUGCUGGUACACACACACUCCUCUCCAUCCCUCACAGCGAAGUACUUUCCUGAACAUUCUAAAUAUAUCUGACAAUGGCAGUUUCAGCAGACUUACCCCCCUUCUCUUUCUCCCUCCCCCCUUCUCUUUCUCCCUCCCCCCUUCUCUUUCUCCCUCCCCCCUUCUCCCCUCCCCCCUUAUCUUUCUCCCUCCCCCUUCUCUUUCCCUCUCCCCCUUCUCCCUCCUCCUUUUCUUUCGCUCGCUCUCUUUCCCUCCUCUUUUUCCCUCUCUUUCUCCCUCUUUCUCUUUCUCUCACACUCCAGGACUAUCCCAAGUUGAGCCAGUCAUUCUACAGUCUGUUGGAGGUGUUGACUCAGGAUCACAUGAACUUCAUUGCUUCUCUAGAGCCACAUGUUGUCAUGUACAUACUGUCAUCUAUCUCCGAGGGACUCACUGCACUGGGUAAUGUGUAUAUACACACACACUGCACCGGGAAAUUAUAUAUACACAGUAUACCACUACACCGGGUAAUAUAUACAGUGCCUUCAGAAAGUAUUCACACCCCUUGACUUUUGUUGUAUUACAAAGUGAGAUUAAAAUGUAUUUAAUUCUCAUUUUUUGGUCAACGAUCUACACAAAAUACUCAUGUCAAAGUGGAAGAAAAAUUCGAACAUUUGUAAAAAAAUAAAAAAUUACACGCUAAUAUAUCUUGAUUAGAUUCAACCCCCAUGUUAGAAUCACAUUUGGUAGCGAUUACAGCUGUGAAUGUUUCUGGGUACGUUUCUUGGGCGCUUACCACACCUGGAUUGUACAAUAUUUGCCCAUUUAUUCUUUUAGAAUUCUUCAAGCUCUGUCAAGUUGGUUGUUGAUCAUUGCUAGACAGCCAUUUUCAAGUCUUGCCAUAGAUUUUCAAGCUGAUUUAAGUCAAAUCUGUAACUAGGCCACUCAGGAACAUUCAACGUCGUCUUGGUAAGCAACUCCAGUGUAGAUUUGGCCUCGUGUUUUAGGUUAUUGUCCUGCUGAGGUUGAGUCUGUGGUUGAAUCUGUAUUUGAAAUGUACUGCUCGACUAAGGGACCUUACAGAUAAUUGUAUGUGUUGGGUACAUAGAUGAGGUAGUCAUUAAAAAAUAAUGUUAAACACUAUUAUUGCACACAGUGAGUCCAUGCAAUUUAUUAUAUAACUUAUUUUGGCAGUUACCUGUAUAUACAGUGCUUUCGGAAAGUAUUCAGACCCCUUGACUUUUUCAAAUUUUUGUUACGUUACAGGCUUAUUCUAAAAUUGAUUCAAUUGUUUUUUUCUCAUCAAUCUACACACAGUACCCCAUAAUGACAAAACAAAAACAGGUUUUUGGAAAUGUUGGCUAAUGUAUCAAAUAAAGAAAACUGAAAUCACAUUUACAUAGGUAUUCAGACCCUUUACUUAGUACUUUGUUGAAGCACCUUUGGCAGCGAUUACAGGUUGAGUCUUCUUGGGUAUGACGCUACAUGCUUGGCACAACUGUAUUUGGGGAGUUUUUCCCCAUUCUUCUCUGCAGAUCCUCUCAAACUCUGUCAGGUCUGGGCUCUGGCUGGGCCACUCAAGGACAUUCAGAGACAUCCCGAAGCCACUCAUGCGUUGUCUUGGCUGUGUGCUUAGGGUCGUUGUCCUGUUGGAAGAUGAACCACCAUGCUUCACCGUAGGGAUGGUGCCAGGUUUCCUCCAGACGUGAUGCUUUGCAUUCAGGCCAAAUAGUUCAAUCUUGGUUUCAUCAGACUAGAGAAUCUUGUUUCUCAUGGUCUGAGUCCUUUAAGUGCCUUUUAGCAAACUCCAAGCGGGCUAUCAUGUGCCUUUUACUGAGGAGUGGCUUCCGUCUGGCCAGUCUACCAUAAAGGCCUGAUUGGUGGAGUGCUGCAGAGAUGGAUGUCCUUCUGGAAGGUUCUCCCAUCUCCACAGAGGACCUCUGGAGCUCUGUCGGAGUGACCAUCGGGUUCUUGGUCACCUCCCUGACCAAGGCCCUUCUCCCCCGAUUGCUCAGUUUGGCCGGGCGGCCAGCUCUAGGAAGAGUCUUGGUGGUUCCAAACUUCUUCCAUUUAAGAAUGAUGGUGGCCACUGUAUUCUUGGGGACCUACAAUGCUGCAGCCAUUUCUUUUGUACCCUUCCCCAGAUCUGUUCCUCGACACAAUCCUGUCUCGGAGCUCUACGGACAAUUCCUUCGACCUCAUGGCUUGGUUUUUGCUCUGACAUGCACUGUCAACUGUGGGACCUUAUAUCGACAGGUGCGUGUCUGUGCAAAUCAUGUUCAAUCAAUUGAAUUUACCACAGGUGGACUCCAAUCAAGUUGAGAAACAUCUCAAGGAUGAUCAAUGGAAACAGGAUGCACCUGAGCUCAAUUUUGAGUAUCAUAGCAUAGGGUCUGAAUACUUAUGUAAAUAAGGUAUUUCUGUUUUUUAUUUUUAAUACAUUUGCAAAAAAUUCUAUAAACCAGUUUUCGCUUUGUCAUUAUUGGGUAUUGUGUGUAUAUUGAUGAGGAAAAAUUGAAUUCAUUCAAUUUUAGAAUAAGGCUGUAACAGCAAAAUCUGUAGCGCUGGGCUGGUUGUAUCCCCCAUAUAUAUAUAGCAUUAUAUUGGUUGCAAGAAUGUUGUAUCAUUUAAAUAGAAAAAUUCGAAGUUUUGAAUCCGGCGUCGUUUUGCGUAUCAGUUCAUAAACCAGGUGCCAUGGAAUUGGUACAUCGAAGUUCUCUUCCCAACUAUUUUGCAAUCUAUAUGGCACAGCUGUACAUUUUUUGGUCGUUAAAUGAAACUUUUUUUUAUCACAAUUUUCUUUAACCAAUUUUGGUCUUUAAUGCAGGGCAGACAGACAAGUUCCUUACUUUUUCCCCCUUCCACUUGCCUCUUCCAUUUUUGCGGUAAUGCAGCAAUUAGUUGGUUGUAAUUUUGUGGUAGAGCAGACAUUUCCAUAUUUUUGUUAGCUGCAUGUGUGACAACUCCACCAGUCCACCAUAUUUUUUUUUUUGUGGGUCAAUUAGUAUAUUUGAGUUUAACCACAAUAUUUGUUUUAUUUUUUAUUCUGUCUUUUCUGGUGGAUUAAACUGAUUUUGCAACCAACUUUCUAUGGCUUGAUUAAAAAAUAGCGACAUUUGGGAGAUUUCAUUUUCAAAUAACAAAGUGAGAGGUUGUAAUCUGAAUAAAGGGAAAAAGGCCAUUCUUGAACAUGGGGUGAGACAUUCUUACUAAUCUGCUAGAGAACCAGUUCGGAUUUAAGUAUAACUUUUGUAUGACUGACGCCUUUUAGUGAGAGGUCUAAAGCUUUAAUAAUUAGUCAUUUCUGCCCUCCGAAUUCAUUUUCAUUAUAUAAAUAGGCCUGUUUAAUUUUGUCUGGCUUGCCGUUCCAAAUAACAUUUAAAUAUUUUUUGCUCGUAUAAUAAAUAAAUAAAACAGGUUGGUAGGUGUAGGCAAGACCAUAAGCAAAUAGGUAUACUGGGAUAUGACUAAAGAGGGUGAUUUUUCCACAAAUAGACAGGUAUUUUCCUUUCCAUGGUAGCAAGAUCUUAGCUAUUUUUUAUUAAAAUGUAUUGUAGUGAGAUCAUUUCUUUCUUUCGGAAUAUGUAUACCGAGUAUGUCCACAUUUUAUUGAUAAACUACACGGUAAUGCAAAGUUGUAUUUUUUUGUGACCCAAUACGUAAUAUAGUACACUUAUCAUACUUUGGUUGUAAUCCAGAGAGGUUAGAAAAAGUAUCUAGAACCUCUAUUAGGCUGUGGAGUGAUCCAAAUUGUGGAUUUAUAAGACAACAUUAAUCAUCAGCGUACAAUGACACCUUUGUUUUUAAGCCCUGGAUUUAUAACCCCUUGAUAUUAUUGUUGGAUCUGAUUUUAAUAGCUAACAUUUCGAUGGUCAUAAUAUAUAGAUAUGCCGAUAGUGGACAACCUUGUUUCACUCCUCUUGACAGUUUAAUACUAUCUGAGAAGUAGCCAUUAUUUACUAUAUUACACCUAGGGUUACUAGCUUUAACCCAUUUUAUAAGAGAAUCUCAAAAAUUUAAAUAUUCCAUGCAUUUAUAUAUAAAUUCCAGUCGUACUUUAUCAAAAGCCUUUUCAAAGUCAGCUAUGAAUACCAGGCCUGGUUUCCCAGAUUUUUCAUAGUGUUCUAUUGUUUCCUGUAUUGUCUUAUAUUAUCUCCAAUGUAUCGUCCAUGUAAAAAACGUGUCUGAUUAGGAUGAAUAAUAUCCGACAAUACUUUUUUAAUUCUAUGCAUUUUGCAUCACAACACUAAAGUGUAAGGGGCCUCCAAUGUUUUUAAAUGGACUGAGUCUUUAUAUUUACCACUUGGAUCCUGUUUCUGUAAUAACAAAAUCAGACCUUGUUGAGUAUCUGAUAAUCUAAAAUUGUUAUAGGAGUGGUUAAAACAUGCUAGUAACGGUCCUCUGAGUAUAUAAAAAAAGGUUUGGUAUACCUCCACUGGUAUGCCAUCCAGCCCUGGAUUUUUCCCAGACUUAAAGGCUUUAAUUGCAUCAAGAAGUUCCUCCUCUGUAAUUUGGCCUUCACGUGAGUCUUUCUGUACAGCUGUUAAUUUUACAUUAUUCAUAGAAAAAAAAUCCAUACAAUUAACUUCGGUUAGUGGAGAUGGAGGAGACAGAAACGAAAACAUAUGCUUAAAGUACUUCGCUUCCUCUUUCAAAAUAUAAUUUGGUGAAUCAUGGGGGUGACUCCGUCAUUUGUAACAACAAGUUUUAGUAAAUUAUAUUUGGUAGCAUUUCUAUGUUGAAGAUUACAAAAUAAUUUGGUGCAUUUUUCCCCGUAUUCCAUCCAGUUCGCUUUAUUUUUAUAAUAUAUUACACUUGAUCUUUCUUGAAUAAGUUCCUCCAUUUCUUUUUGUUUUUCCUCAAACUUAUUCUGUGCCUCUAUGGUACAGUUUUUAUUGCUAUUUAUCUGUACUGUUAGUCCUUCCAUUUCGUUUAUUAAUAUGGACUCUUUUGACCUGAAUUGCUUUUGUUUUAGAGAUGAGUACUGAAUUGCAUGGCCUCUAAAGGCACAUUUAAAAGUGUCCCAUACAAUAUGGGGAUCUGCUGUACCUAUGUUACGCCCGAAAAAGUUAGUUAUAAAUUCUUCUUUCCUAGUUAAUAACAAGUUAUCAUCCAAUAGGCUUUGAUUCAAUUUCCAAUAUCCUUGACCACUUGGAAAUUCAGUAAGAGUAAUGUAUAUUGCAAUUAUUUGAUGGUCCGACUGCAUUCUGUCCCCUAUCAAGCUUUUUAAAGUUUUUGUGCCAGCAAGAAUGACAUAAGAAAGUAGUCAAGACGACUAGCUUGAUUGAGCCUCCGCCAUGUAUAUCUCACUAGGUCAGGAUAUAUAAGCCUCCAUAUAUCCACUAGUUCCAAUAUAUCCAUAACAUUAUUGAUUUCCUUAAGUGCAUGAGGGUGAUAGUUUGUAGUCUGACUUCCUUUAUGGUCCAUUGAGGUAUUUAAAACCGUAUUAUAAUCUCCCACCAUAAUAAUAGAGUCUUGUAUUGCUUGUAGGUUUGAUAAAUUAUUAUAUACACUGCUCAAAAAAAUUAAGGGAACACUUAAACAACACAAUGUAACUCCAAGUCAAUCACACUUCUGUGAAAUCAAACUGUCCACUUAGGAAGCAACAUUGAUUGACAAUACAUUUCACAUGCUAUUGUGCAAAUGGAAUAGACAACAGGUGGAAAUUAUAGGCAAUUAGCAAGACACCCCCAAUAAAGGACUGGUUUUGCAGGUGGUGACCACAGACCACUUCUCAGUUCCUAUGCUUCCUGGCUGAUGUUUUGGUCACUUUUGAAUGCUGGCGGUGCUUUCACUCUAGUGGUAGCAUGAGACAGAGUCUACAACCCACACAAGUGGCUCAGGUAGUGCAGCUCAUCCAGGAUGGCACAUCAAUGCGAGCUGUGGCAAGAAGGUUUGCUGUGUCUGUCAGCGUAGUGUCCAGAGCAUAGAGGCGCUACCAGGAGACAGGCCAGUACAUCAGGAGACGUGGCGGAGGCCGUAGGAGGGCAACAACCCAGCAGCAGGACUGCUACCUCCGCCUUUGUGCAAAGAGGAGCAGGAGGAGCACUGCCAGAGCCCUGCAAAAUGACCUCCAGCAGGCCACAAAUGUGCAUGUGUCUGCUCAAACGGUCGGAAACAGACUCCAUGAGGGUGGUAUGAGGGCCCGACGUCCACAGGUGGGGGUUGUGCUUACAGCCCAACACCGUGCAGGACGUUUGGCAUUUGCCAGAAAACACCAAGAUUGGCAAAUUCACCACUGGCGCCCUGUGCUCUUCACAGAUGAAAGCAGGUUCACACUGAGCACAUGUGACAGAGUCUGGAGACGCCGUGGAGAACGUUCUGCUGCCUGCAACAUCCCCCAGCAUGACCGGUUUGGCGGUGGGUCAGUCAUGGUGUGGGGUGGCAUUUCUUUGGGGGGCCGCACAGCCCUCCAUGUGCUCGCCAGAGGUAGCCUGACUGCCAUUAGGUACCGAGAUGAGAUCCUCAGACCCCUUGUGAGACCAUAUGCUGGUGCGGUUGGCCCUGGGUUCCUCCUAAUGCAAGACAAUGCUAGACCUCAUGUGGCUGGAGUGUGUCAGCAGUUCCUGCAAGAGGAAGGCAUUGAUGCUAUGGACUGGCCCGCCCGUUCCCCAGACCUGAAUCCAAUUGAGCACAUCUGGGACAUCAUGUCUCGCUCCAUCCACCAACGCCACGUUGCACCACAGACUGUCCAGGAGUUGGCGGAUGCUUUAGUCCAGGUCUGGGAGGAGAUCCCUCAGGAGACCAUCCGCCACCUCAUCAGGAGCAUGCCCAGGCGUUGUAGGGAGGUCAUACAGGCACGUGGAGGCCACACACACUACUGAGCCUCAUUUUGACUUGUUUUAAGGACAUUACAUCAAAGUUGGAUCAGCCUGUAGUGUGGUUUUCCACUUUAAUUUUGAGGGUGACUCCAAAUCCAGACCUCCAUGGGUUGAUACAUUUGAUUUCCAUUGAUAAUUUUUGUGUGAUUUUGUUGUCAGCACAUUCAACUAUGUAAAGAAAAAAGUAUUUAAUAAGAUUAUUUCAUUCAUUCAGAUCUAUGAUGUGUUAUUUUAGUGUUCCCUUAAUUUUUUUGAGCAGUGUAUAUUUUCAAAGAAGCGUGGAUCAUCAUUAUUUGGACCAUAUAGAUUAAUGAACCAUAUCUGUUUAUGGUCCAAUAACAUAUUUAAAAUCAUCCAUCUACCUUGCGGAUCUGUUUGGACAAUUUGCACAUUCGGAUCAAAAUUAUUGUUAAUUAAUAUCAUCACCCCUUUUGAGUUUCUUUGCCCAUGGGAGAAGUAUAUUUCGCCCCCCCCAGUCCUUUUUCCACACAACUUCAUCUAAAAUUGUUGAAUGAGUUUCCUGUAAACAGUAGAUAUUAUAUUCCUUCUCUUUUAGCCAGGUAAAUACUGAUAGUCUUUUCUUAUUAUCUGCUAAGCCAUUACAAUUAUAACUGGCUAUACUUAUUUGACCAUUUACCAUAAUGAGAUACAAGUUUAAAUUCUAUUUAUCAUAAUAUAUGUUUGUAAACUUAGCAUUUAAAAGUACCAUAGUGAUUGAGAGUCCAUAUAGCUGUACCAUGAUAUUUGCAAUGCUACUAAGUAAACCUCAAAUUGUUUUCCACUAUUCCACCCGCUAAACCCCCCCAUCACAAGUUGGGUUGUCAUCCCAGUGACCGGCAGACCACCGCCGUCCCCACAGAUCCCUGGGCCCCCGAGAGACCGGGACCCAUCCUUCGAAAAGAGCACACAGUGCCACCCACAGAAUAGAAGCAGAUCAGCCGCCAAAAGCGGUAACCUGUUUAUAAUAGCAAUAAGGCACCUUAGGUGUUUGUGGUAUAUUGCCAAUAUACCACGGUUAAGGGCUGUAUCCAGGCACGCUGCAUUGUGCAUAAGAACAGCCCUUAGCCAUGGUAUAUUGGCCAUAUACCACACCCCCUCAGGCCUUAUUGCCUAAAUAUGUAUUUAGAAAUCUUCGGUAUCUUAAUUUCCACAAUUAACUAAUAAUAUGCAUAAUAAUGUAGGCAGUUCAUGCGAAGGAUUGCUACCUAAAACCAGGAUUGCCAUUACAGAAAUUACAUUUUUGGCAAGCAAUUAUUAUUUUAGCCAACAAUUAUUGUGAUUCAUCCUAUAUUGUCCCUAACAUCAUUACCCCAUAGCAACAGAUGUGGGAUACACACACACAUACUCAUAUACCCUCCCUCGACCCCUUUACCCUACAAACAACCACAAGCUCAAUGUUCAACAGUUGUUCCAUUCACAAGCCCAACUCAAGAAAGUACUUGAUGUGCGAAUGCAUAUAUAGUUGCAGUUGUUUGAGAAGGCAUGCAAAAUUGAGCAAAAAUUGCGAGAUUUGAUUAACCAAUGUCAAUUCCUAGCUGAUGGAGCUCAGAUACACCCCCUUCCCCUGAAACACACACAUGCUGGUCCCCCGUUGUGACCAUUUUCCCAAGCAUCUCAGUGCAGUCAGACCAUUGAUUAUUUUGUGCCACCAGGGCCACAAUAAUUUGCCCCCUCUCUGAUUGUCCGAGUGUGACCCCCCCCCUCCCCAUGGGUUACUGCAGCUAGUGUUGCCAGCACUGCCACUACCUGGGUGGGGGCACCCCACCGGAAUCCACACCGGCUAGGUACAAGGUCAUCAAGGUUCUCAUUAGCAGCUUUGAGAAAUUCCUUGUAUAUGAUCACCCAUCCGGGGGCUUUGGCUUUGUAGGACCAAACCUGCCGGGCAGGCUCAGAAUCUUGAGGGGGCGGUCUGCUUUAGUGAGUCUCUGACCACAUUUAUCUUUCUGUUUUGGCUGCAUAUUGGCUACUGACAGCAGGCCCAUAAAACAGAUAAGGACUUCUCCUUAGUGUAUGGGUCGCUCAGGUGGGUGUCUAGGGUAUAACGUUGGGGACUGUUUCAUCAUGAUAGGACAAUAAAUAAAUAAACUAUAUUUAUAAUUUCUUUUAAAAUGACAAACGUGUGUUUGUGUGUUGUAGAUACUAUGGUGUGUACUGGGUGUUGUUCCAGUCUGGACCACAUCGCCACCUACCUGUUCAAACAGGUAACCUCUCCCUCUGUUCAUCUAUAAUCUAUUCAUAUCAUCUUAAACCUGUAUGUUCCUAGAUUGAUGCGAAUGUAAAUCUAAUCUAUUGUUGUUUCUGUUCAGCUUUCUCGCUCCACUAAGAAACGACCUGUUGCCAUGGCAACAGACGACCGCUUCCUACACAUCAUGCAGCAACACCCAGAGAUGAUCCAACAGGUACACACACCCCCCAAACACACACACACCGAUCGCUCUCACACACACUAAUCAAUCUGUGUGUUUGUCCUACAGAUGUUGUCCACGGUGUUGAACAUCAUCAUCUUUGAGGACUGCAGGAACCAGUGGUCCAUGUCCAGACCUCUACUGGGCCUCAUCCUGCUCAACGAGAAGGUACAGGUACACAACCACAUCCACACACCCAUUAUCCAACCAUUCCCUGGAAGACGUGACAAUUGUUGCUGAGUGGACUAUCCUGGCUAAAAAAAGGAAAGAGAAAACCUAACACACCAGCCUCGUCCUGUGUGUCUCCAUUCCUGCAGUAUUUUGCCGAUCAGAGAACAUAAUUUUUGUGCGCUUGUGUGUGUAGUAUUUUGCAGACCUGAGGAACAGCAUUGUGAACAGCCAGCCUCCAGAGAAGCAGCAGGCCAUGCAUCUCUGCUUUGAGAACCUGAUGGAGGGGAUAGAACGCAACCUGCUAACCAAGAACAGAGACAGGUACACACAAUACCAUUGACUGUGUGUGUGUGUGGUAACUGUGUGUUUUAACUCUGUGUAUAUUAAUCUGUGCAGGUUCACCCAGAACCUCUCGGUGUUCCGGAGGGAGGUGAACGACAGCAUGAAGAACUCUUCCUACGGAGUCAACACCAAUGACAUGAUGAGCUGA